CUGACAUGGUAUCUCUGACCACUGGUUUUCUCCUUUCUCCUCCUCCUGAAAACGCCAUCUUAUCUCCAGCGCCGGAAUUGACCUGCCCAUCAUGGUGGCUUAUCUCCCUGAGUACGAACACGAUGAGCAGCAGGGACAAUUGACACCGUCAAUUCCACCCUUCGCCGGCCGUAUGGGUGGAAACCAGGAUUUCAUCGUUGACAGGAACGAUCCACGGAAUGAGAAGGUGUUGGAAAAGGUGCCCGACGCGGCGCCAUGUAUGACGCUGCAAGAGGUGUUUGACUUUCGCGGAUUCCUCAGUGCUGAUCUAUGGAAAUUUGCACUCCUAGAAUGUGUUGCCAGCAUGAUGAACGUCUUUAUCACCGCGUGGGUAACAACACACGCCCCAUCCAGCGACGGCGCCCCUAAAUCGCAGGCCGGAAUCUACGCCACCCUCACCUUCUUCUCGCCCCUAUUCGGCGGCAUCACGAAUCUGCUCCUCACCCCGCUGUUAAUCUACACUUUCUCCCCGUCCAGCGGUGGGCACAUCAGUCCCACAAUCACGCUAGCCACCUUCUUUGCGCGCAUCAUCUCCUUCCCGCGCAUGGUCCUGUACCUGGUGGGCCAGACGCUGGGCGGCGCAUUGGCCGGGUUUGCGCUUAACAGCGCAUACGGCACGCGUAACUUUACCGUGGGUGGAUGCUAUAUCGAUACGGGGCUGGUUCCCGUGAAGGAUGCGCUGAUCAUCGAGUUUAUGGCCUGUUUGAUCUUAAUUUUCUUGGCAUUCGGGGUGGCCCUGGAUCCGAGACAGGCGAAGGUGUUUGGGCACGCCACAGCCCCGUGGUUUGUGGGCGUUGUGCUAGGCGUCGUGACCUGGGGAACGGCAUGGACGAGAGAUGGAUAUAUCGGCGCCAGUGUAAAUCCCGCCCGAUGCUUUGGUGCCUACGUGGCGUCGAGCUUUCCUGGCUACCAUUGGAUUCAUUGGGUUGGUCCAUUGGCGGCUGCAGUGGCUCACGGUCUUGUAUAUUUCAUUGACCCCCUUUGGAAAGAUCCUCGGUCGACUCCGAGUUCCUAGUUACCUGACUGGCUCAGGCUGUCUGUUUAUUGGUCGCCAAUAGUGCGUGUAUAUAGUAUUAUCUGAACCAACAGUAUCUGUCGGUAUGUACAAUAGGCUGGUAGGGCCGUACAAUUUAACUAUUACCUCCACUAAACA